CUCUGGUGGAGGUGAAGCUGUGGGCGAUCGACCGGCAGUGCUUCCAGACCAUCAUGAUGCGGACCGGUCUGAUUAAACACGCCGAGUACAUGGACUUCCUCAAGAGCGUUCCCUCGUUCCAGGGCCUGUCCGAGGAGACUCUCAGUAAACUGGCCGACGUCAUGGAGGAGACUCACUAUGAAGACGGGGAGUUCAUCGUCAGACAGGGAGCGACAGGAGACACCUUCUUCAUCAUCAGCAAGGGGAAGGUGAACGUGACCCAGGAGGAUCCGGCCAAUCAGGAGACAGCUCACCUGAGAGAGCUCGGCCGUGGAGACUGGUUCGGAGAGAGAGCGCUGCAGGGGGAGGACGUCAGGACGGCCAACGUUGUUGCAUCGGACACCGUCACCUGUCUGGUCAUCGAUCGUGACUCCUUCAAGCACCUGAUUAGUGGACUGGACGAUGUUUCCAACAAAGGAUACGAGGACGCUGAGCUGAAAGCAAA